AAUAAUAUAUAUAAAGGACGCACCAGAUAAAACUUAAGGAUAAACCAUAGCCUAACAUUUUACCACCCACCAAAAAACAGAGAGAGAGAUGAGAGGGCAUGAGCCACGGUCAAGCUCCUCUUGUGCAGCUUGCAAGCUCUUGAAGAGAAGAUGCACACCCACUUGCAUCUUCGCUCCUCAUUUCCGCUCCAGCGACCAGAUGACUUUCGCCAAAGUCCAUAAAGUCUUUGGAGCCAGCAACGUCAGUAAGCUUCUCAGCGAGGUUCCCGAAGAACAGAGACAAGAAACCGUCAACUCCUUGGCUUACGAAGCUGACGUCCGUCUCAAGGAUCCUGUUUACGGUUGUAUUGGAGCCAUAGCUUCUCUGCAGAAGAAGAUGCUUGAGCUUCAACAUGAUAUAGCCGUUGCUCGCAGUCGACUACUUAGUGCUGCCCAUAAUAAUGCUGGUGGUGGUGGUGUCAACAACAACAACAGCAGCAACCACGUGUCGUCGUUGUCCCCUUUGGUAGAUGAUUCUUCUCCUCAGCUUGCUGCUUUUCUUGAUCUUGUACCUUCUUAUAGUGACUUGAUGUUGCUUGAUGGGUCUGGUCUUGAUGCUUACUUGUUUGAUAUUGGACAGCCUCCUUUUGUAUAGGCCUCUCUUUAUCUCUUUUAUCCACUGUAUUUGCACUUGCUAAUAAGUCAUCUUCACUAAUGUAUUAUAUUAAUCCUAAUAUGCAAAAUCAUUUGCUUACUUC